GCGCACCCGGGCUCUUCCCGCUCGGGGCGGGCCUUUGGGCCCAGGCGGGCCGCGGAUGGCUGGACGGGGCUUGGCUGGUCCUGCAGGAGGACGGAGCAGGCGAUUUGGACUGCCAUCAUGGGCAUCCGAGGACUAAUGAGUUUUGUGGAAGAUCACAGCAACGAGUUCUUCACCGAUUUGAAGCUGCGGGACACUAAACUUGUCAUCGACGGCUAUGCUCUUUUCCACAGACUGUGCUUCAACUCGAACUUGGAGCUCCGGUAUGGGGGCGAUUAUGAUUCUUUCACAGACGUUGUACAGAAGUUCUUUGAAUCACUGUUCGCUUGUCACAUACGUCCAUACGUGGUAUUAGAUGGAGGGUGUGACAUUUCAGAUAAAAAACUGACAACCUUAAAGGAUCGACUCAGGGAGAAGAUCCAGGCAGCCCAUUCUCUGUCCGUGGGUGGGGGUGGCUACGUAUGCCCCUUACUAAUCAGGGAAGCGUUCAUCCAGAUAUUGACCAAGCUGCAGGUAGGUUUUGUCCAGUGCUUUUCCGAAGCAGAUCGGGACAUCAUGACCCUCGCCAAUCACUGGAACUGUCCCGUGUUAUCAUCGGAUAGCGACUUUUGCAUUUUUGACCUCCACGCUGGGUUCUGCCCGUUAAGUAGCUUUCAGUGGAGAAAUGUGAACGCCAUCAAAGGUACCCAGCACUAUUAUAUCCCGGCCAAGUGCUUCUCCCCGGGUGCCUUCUGCCACCACUUCCACAAUAUGAACAAAGCUCUCCUGCCUCUCUUCGCGGUGCUGUGUGGCAACGAUUACGUGAGCCCACCUUUCGUGGACGCCUUCUUAAGUAAAGCACGUCUCCCUCUCCAAGGUCCUGGUUCGAAGGGGAGGAGACACCACCGAAUUCUGGCCCUUCUGAACUGGCUGUCUCAUUUUGUGGACCCGACAGAAGCACUUGAUAAGAUUCUACAAUACGUCCCCAAGAAGGAUCGCCAGAACGUUCAGGAACUGCUCUGCUCUUCCAUGGAGGAAUACCAGCAAUCCCAGGCAAAGCUACACGACUUCUUCCAAGGCGGGGUUUACGUCUGUCCUGACGCCUUGAAUCUAGGUUUACCUGAGUGGGUACAUGUGGCUUUAGCCAAAGGCCAGCUGUCUCCUUUGAUCAGUGAUGCUUUGGUGCUAAGACGGACUAUUCUUCACACCCAGGUAGAGAACAUGAAGCAACCCAGCACCCACAGAGUAUCUCAGCCCAUCCGGCAAACCAUCUAUGGCCUCCUGUUAAAUACCUCAGCCGAUCAAGAGAACAUGGGCCAGAAGAGCAGGCUGCCUCCUAUGCCUGGAGCCGUCAGCGAAGUGGAAAGACUUCAUAAAAGUCUCAAAACAUCACUCGUUGAUCCAGUCACACUGCCCAAGGACCACUGCGACUUGGGAAAACUGGUGGAGCUCCCUUUGCUCAGGCGACAGAGGUUGCUGUUAGAAACCCUGAAGGUGAACCGGACCAUCCUGGAGCCGAUCCCCGCUGCCCUGAAGUUGCCCAUUGCUGUCAGCUGCUACUGGCUGCAGCACACGGAGACCACGGCAAAGCUCCAUCACCUGCAAGCGCUGCUGCUGGGCAUGCUGCUGGGGCCCCUGCACACCAUGGUCAGCAGCCCUGGUAAGGAAGAGCUGCAGCCAGGCGGUGCUCAGACGCUGUAUGAAGAGCUGCAAAAGGUGAAGGAGACGCCAGGCCGGCUGCAUCUAGAAACCGCUCACAUCUUCUGCCAGUGGCAGAGCUGCCUCCAGAUGGGUCUGUAUCUCAACCAGCUGCUGAACAUGCCCCUCCCAGAGCCAGACCUAACUCGACUGUAUAGUGGAAGCCUGGUGCACGGACUAUGCCAACGCCUGCAGGCAUCAGCCUCCGUCGAAGGCCUCCUGAACCCGUGUCCCGAGGCCAAGCUUCUUUACGAACGUCUGCUCACUGCCACAAAGUCCUGCGCCCCAGCCGAGUUAUUCUUACCAAAGCGCAAAUCCAGCUCCAAAAGGGACAAGCACAAGAAGAAGGGGACCAGCCGAUCGAAGAACAGAGUGGGCACUACCCCACACACCAGGCUGUGGCAUGACAGAAGCAAUCGCUUUGAGCUAUUGAGGUCUGAAACCCCAGAAGGGCACACGGAGGCCUGUGAGCUUGCAUAAGACUAUGCAUCACACGUAAUGUGCAAAUGUACAAAUGGGAUCUCAACUGAACAUGGUCUCGUACCUCCUUUGUUCUUUAGGACUAAAACUGUUAGGGGAUAAAAAUUACAACAGAAAAUCUUGGAAUUCUAAGGCUUUUGAAAAAUACUACUUUUAAUAAAUGCAACCCGAUUUAA